AUGAAGAGGAAAGCAAAAGAGGAGACGUCAUUUAUAAAAGAUGGAAGACUAUUAUUAGAGGAGCUUCUUGCGUUUUGCAAUGGAAAAAGCAAUCCAAUCUGUAUCUUCUAUGCCAAAGAGCUUAGAAGAGCAACAAACAACUAUGACCAAUGCCAAUGUUUUCUGCAGGAUGUUGUUUUUGAGUUUUACAAGGGUUAUCCGGAAGGUCAUUUAAUCUCAGUCAAGAAGUUUAGAGAUGAAAAAAAUUUUGUUAGUAAAGACAUUGCAGUUGAAGGCAUUCUUCAACAAUGUUCUAAGGCUCUCUGGUUGCUGCUUGGAGCCUUGGAGACUAAAAAUCCAACUCUAGUGUAUGAAUUUGCAGGUCACAGCAUUCUCUCCAACCGUAUAUAUGUGACUCAUAGAGACCACUUUAAGCCAAUACCAUGGAAGUUUCAGAUAAGGAUUGCAAGGGACAUGGCUAAGAUGGUCAAUGUAGAAGAUGCUAUAUGUAGCAGAAUAGGUUAUGCUGCACCUGAGAAUGUGGUUACAGGCUAUUUAACUGAGAAGGCUGAUGUGUGUAGUUUUGGUUUGUUUCUAUUUGAGCUUUUGGCUGGAAGGAGGUUUGGCAUUUCUUGCUGUAAUGAUGAAGCCCUUCAACCAGAUUGA